AUGGAGUCUCAGGAGGCAUAUUACCCUAUCGCUGUCCUGAUCGAGGAGCUGCGAAAUGAGGAUGUGCACCUACGAUUGAAUAGCAUACGACAGUUGAAAACAAUCGCCUUGACAUUAGGUCCAGAGAAGACACGUUCACAGUUGAUUCCGUUUCUCAGUGAAACGGUGUGUGAUGAGGACGAAGUUCUUUUUGCUUUGGCAGAACAGUUGGGGUCCCUUGUACCUUACGUUGGUGGUCCGGAACAUGCUGAUUCUCUUUUACCUCCACUUGAGAGUCUUGCUGCGGUACGUACAUUCGUUUACUAUAUAUUGACUAAUUAA